AUGAAAUGUUCUCGCACCAUCUUCCUCACACUCUCCUCUGCGGCACUAGGCACUUGUGCGAUUCAAUGGGCCCCAUGCGACCCGACCAAGUUCAACACCACGAUACUACCGUUCCAAUGUGGAAAUCUGGCUGUCCCGCUCGACUACACGGACCCAGCUAAUGAACAAAAGCUUUCUCUUGACCUGAUUAAAAUACCUGCGGCGUCUGGACCCAAACUUGGGAGUAUCCUGUUCAACCUCGGAGGUCCAGGUGUGCCUAAUCUACGGGAUAUCUCCCUCCUUGCCCCAACUUUAUUACCUCUGACUGGAGGGCAAUCCGACCUGAUUGGGCUUGAUCCUCGUGGGACGGGCAACACCAUUCCAUUCAAUUGCACCACCAACCUGGCCGACUCGUACACCAUGCUCACCGAAAAAGUAUUCAGCAAUUCAUCAGACGUGACGCUGGGAAGACUAUGGUCGCGCGGGUCGAUCGAUGCCAGCUUGUGCCUCGAGAACGCAAACGAGACUGGAGCACUCAUUAGUACUGCUUUCGUGGCCAGAGACUUGAUCAGCAUUGUUGACGCACUCGAAGAAGACGGAAUGCUGAGAUAUUGGGGGUUCUCUUAUGGUACUACUCUCGGAGCCACCGUCACAGCCAUGUUCCCGGAGAGAGUAGACAAGGUGAUUCUCGACGGAGUGCAGAACCCUCACGAAUACUACCAUGCAAUCGCCGACUUCGAGGAAUGGACAGACUCGGACAAAGUGUUUGCUGGUAUCUUCUCGACAUGUAUCGAGGCUGGACCUGAACUGUGUCCACUGGCAGCUCGCAACAAAACGGCUCAAGAAUUGGAAUCCGACGUGUGGGAUUUGCUUGACACUGUUAAACACCAUCCUCUCCCUGUGGGCAGCGUCCUUCUGGACUACAUGGCUCUCAAAGGCAUGAUCACAGAAGCGCUUUACACAACAGAAUUAUGGCCCAACUUGGCCACGACUCUCGACAUCCUCCUACAUGGGCCCGAGAGCGCAUUGACCGCACUUGCGACAUAUCUUGUGGCGGGUGGCGAUGAGACUGAACUCGAAUCAGGGAUGAAGACUAUAACCGCGAUAGCGGGCAUUCACUGUGGUGACAACUUAGCGCGAGUCUCGACAUUCAAAGAAUUCCAGCGUGCUGUGGACAAGUUGUACAACAUCAGCCGCAUAAUGGGCGAUGUACCUGUUAGCCGUUACGCGGUCUGUGCACAGUGGAAGAUCAAGCCGAAGGAGAACUACAACGGAGAUUUCAUCGUGCGGACGAAGAAGCCCCUGUUGAUUAUUGGAAACACAUAUGACGGCCAUACCCCGCUGCGCUCGGCGCAGAAUGUCAGUCAAGGGUAUGAGGGAAGUGUGGUCCUGGAGGUGAAUGGGUACGGCCAUGCGUCGAUAAAUCUGCCAUCGAAGUGCACGCUUGAAACGGUGUCUGCGUACUGGGUCAACGGCAUCAUGCCUGAACCCGGCAAGGUUUGUCAGGUGGACGCCCCGCCCUAUUCGGGAAAGUCGUGGGCAGACGUCUUCGAAAGUGCUGGUGUUGGCUCUCUGCAGAAACGAGAUGUAUAUGGAGGCUGGCAAAUGCUAAGAAAUGGUGGACGGAUGUGGAUGCUAUAA